UCAAACUACCCGAUCUCUUUCUUGGACCUUCCCAGGCCUAGGCUGGUACUUCCCCCUCUUCAAUUCCUUUCCUGGAUCUUCUUGGGUUCUGUGCCCUUAUCCUGUCAGAUUUUUUCUCAGGGUUUCCUCUCCUUUAUGGCUGCCAUUUUGGCUCCUACUGCACAUGCUUCAUAGUUUUUCUCAUUAUCUAGUUUCUACUGUGCAUGUGCUUAGUAGAAGGGCUUCCUCCUAUCUGUUAAACUGUCCCCGGCAACCCCCCGCCCCCAACCCCCAGAACCCAGACAAAUGGGCUGGUUGCUCCCCAGGGAGAUCGGAAAGCCAGGCUUUCUCAUUUGCUUGGUGGUUGAUUAUGGUCGCUUUGGCAGAGGGUGCAGCUGUCCUCCAGGGUGUCUGUGAAGCUGUAGCUUCCCAACCUGAUCAGGAUCAGCCAGUUUUGCUCCCUUCUCUUUUGUUAAUGCCUAAAUGGCUACCUACAUUAACACAUGUGGAAUCAACUAGGAUUGGCAACUUUGAUUUGAUGCUAGGGAGGGGGAGACUUUGAGCUGAAUAACAGAAAGCCGUGGGACCACAGCACAUGCUGAGGAUGAUGUCAGGGGACUAAGUGAAAUCAAAAGUUCUGGACUAGAAGAUAUUUUUAAAGCACUUUCUUUAUGAACAUUAUUCCUGUAUUGGCUGAAUAUAGUAAGAUCCUCUGUUGCCUGGACAGCACUCAAAGAAGGAAAGGUAUUAAAUGUUCUAUGUACUCAAAUCACUUCUAGUAAUUCUUUUCUAUUAGUAGUGAGCCACUGUCAUCAACAAAAAUGGUGAAAUCUGUUGAAAUGAUACAAUUCUUGUAUAUUUUCUGUUUAGGUCUAUCUUGCCCCCAUUAUGUUUUCCUUUCAUUUCAAAGGAAUUAUUCUAUGAAAUCAAAUUUAACUAAAGACUUUUUGCUUUUAUGCUUAUCAAGGUUAAACAUUCAUUUUUACUCUAUAACUUUGAGGGAUAACUAAAUCAGAGAAUACAUUUGCAUUGUUUUCUCCUGUAUAUGCUGACUUUUAGCUCUACUAUGAUUCUGGAAUUCAGAACAUAGACAGGAUCAUAGUCAGUUUUGCUUAAACGAACAUUAAGAUUAUGGUACUUUUUUUCAGGAGAACAAUACAGGAAAAAGUUUAUCCAAAUGAGAAAAGGACUCCAUUGGAAGAUUCCCAUAGUAUUUAUGAGGACUUUGAUUUUUGUGUCUUCUGACUAUUUAUUGCCUUUUUUCACCCAAAAUAUAUGUCUGAGGUUUCUGUCCUAUAGAAUUUCUUGCACUUUUUAUUCAGAUGAAAACUUUGGGCUUUCCACAUUAACUCCGUUUUCACUCCUUAGUCAUAAUGCAAAGAACAUCAAGAUCUCACAAGGGAAAUGUGCAAAUGCUGCGUAGAACUUGGGAAUAUUACUACAAACAAAUUCAUUGCCAAGACCCUAUUAUUGUGUUUCCCACUCAGAAUCAAUAGCCUGUCCCAGGAGCACAUGCUCUUCAUCAAGGUUUCCUCUUGAGACUACACUUCCUCUCUUUCUGGUACCUGCAUUGUUGCGAAAUUUUGGAAACUGGAAUUAAAAAUAGGAGCUCACAUUAUCAUACUUUUAGAAUUACUCUUGAGAGUUUGUAACCUUGGCAAAGUGACCCAGAGUCUUCUCUACCUCUCAUCCUCUGUAUUGCCUUCAAAUAUCACACCUGCAGGAAUAGUGACUGGGCUUAACCAUCCCACAUAUAAACCAAAGAAGUCUGUUCAAGUGGGGAUCAGUCAACAGGUUACCUAAGUUUCCCACAGAAGAGCAGAAAUGCCGCCACCCACAGGCGGCCCAACAAUGAAUCCACCUCCUGAUGGAGGAUGGGGCUGGGUAGUGGUUGGAGCGUCUUUCAUCUGCAUUGGAUUUUCAUACGCCUUCCCCAAAGCCAUCACAGUAUUCUUCAAAGAAAUCCAGCAUAUAUUCAACACUACCUACAGUGAAAUAGCAUGGAUAUCAUCCAUCAUGCUGGCUGUUAUGUAUGCAGGAGGUCCCUUAAGCAGUAUUUUGGUGAAUAAAUAUGGUAGCAGGCCAGUGGUGAUGGUGGGAGGCUUAUUGUGCUCUGCGGGAAUGGUUGCAGCCUCGUUUAGUUCCAGCGUGAUAGAGCUCUACCUCUCUGUUGGACUCCUUGGAGGUUUAGGUCUGGCCUUCAACCUGCAACCCGCCUUAACAAUCAUUGGCAAAUACUUCUAUAAAAAACGGCCAAUGGCAAAUGGAAUCGCCAUGGCAGGAAGUCCUGUGUUCUUAAGUACUUUAGCUCCUUUCAAUCAGUUCCUUUUUAAUACUUACGGCUGGAAAGGGAGUUUCUUGAUUUUGGGAGGAAUAUUGUUGAAUGCCUGUGUUGCGGGGUCCCUCAUGAGACCCGUUGGACCCACACAAACUGCUAAGUCUAAAACUAAGAUUGGUGUGACAGCACAUGAGGCAAGUGUGGAGAAAAGCCAUCAGAAGACAUCAAUAUGGAAAACAAUUGAUAAAUAUUUUGAUUUCUCCCUUUUCAAGCAUAGGGGAUUUUUGAUAUACUUAUCUGGAAAUGUCAUUAUGUUCCUAGGAUUUUUUGCCCCCGUUAUAUUUUUGGCUCCAUAUGCUAAAGAUAAGGGAAUUGAUGAGUAUUCUGCAGCCUUCUUGCUGUCUGUCAUGGCUUUUGUUGAUAUGUUUGCAAGGCCUUCUGUAGGAUUUAUUGCAAACUCCAAACUCAUUCGACCUCGAAUCCAGUAUUUCUUCAGUUUUGCAGUCAUGUUCACUGGAGUGUGUCAUCUCUUGUGCCCACUGGCACAGGACUACACAAGCCUGGUGUUUUAUGCUAUAUUUUUUGGCCUUGGAUUUGGGAGUGUUAGCAGUGUCCUCUUUGAAAGUCUCAUGGACCUCGUUGGUGCUCAAAGAUUUUCCAGCGCUGUGGGACUCGUCACAAUUGUGGAGUGUUGCCCAGUUCUUCUUGGGCCUCCUCUUGCUGGUAAAUUGGUGGACGAAACUGGAGAAUAUAAAUAUAUGUAUCUGGCCUGUGGAGCUAUUGUGUUCUUAUCAAGUGUGUGGCUGCUUGUUGGCAAUGCUAUAAACUAUAGAUUGCUUGCAAAGGAAAAGCAAUUGGAAGAAGCAAAGAAAAUUCAUAAGCCUGUGUUCAGAGAAUCUGAACCCUUGAGGCAGUCUAAAGAAUGUGACGUUAAUAUCAAAAGUACGGGAGGAGGGAGUAAUUUCUCAGAAAGAGAAACUAAUAUGUAGCAAGAAUCACAUCUCUGAUUUUAGUGUUUAUGACUUUUUUAGGAGUGUUUUUUCCAAAAUAUCGGAAAGGAUUUUAAUUGAAAUAAAACUCCAUAAUUAACAAUGGAUAUGAGACUUUUCUCAGUGGCAGAUCUUAAAUGUUUCCUUUUAAAAAUUUGUUUAGGCAGGUAAAUUUGAGAUUAUGCAUAUAAAGAAUCAAUGCAAGGACUUUAGUUCUGAUUGUGAUAAUUAAAAUAACUUUCAACUCUUCCAGUGACUUCCAGUCUUGAUUAUAGAGAUCCAAAUUCUGAACUCCUGGUUUAAGUAGUUAGGAGUACGUUUAAUCCUAUAAGAAUUCCCUCUCCACAUUUCACUUUUUUAUAUUAAAGUGUGAAAUGGAAUUAAAGGAAAAUGAAUUUCCACUUGCAGUCUCUGGAGAACAAGACAAAUAAUUUCAAAAGGAGUAUCACUAAUUAUAUUUUUUUACCUUAAAAAAAAAUCCAUGGAGAAACAAGAAAUGAAGUGUGUUAUAUCUGUAUACUACUGUGCAAUGUGGUAUGAACAUGGGUGAAAAUGAGGUGAUCUUAAUUUGAAAAUAUAGCUAACUGUUGUAAAAAAGAAAAGCAUUUGCAUACAUAAAAUAAUAUUGAAAAAAGCACUCCAUUUAAAACCAUUAUUUCUGAACACUGUUGGAUUUGAUUAAUCCAUGCACAUGAUUUCUUUGAAAGGGCCAUUAGUACCUGGUGCUAGAGAAUAGAAUCCUCAAAUAAUUUUGAGAAUUUUUACCUAAUGUGUAAAUUAUAUUAAAAGCCUACAUUACUCUAAGCAAUAAGCUAUGUCCAUUGAUUUUAAAAAGGAUUUUUGUUAGUAAUCCAGAAAGUAAUAACCAGGGAUUCAUUUUAACCAGAACUCAUACUGAGACAUCAAGUGGAAUCAGCCUGAAUCCAGUAGACAGUCAUGCAGAUAGGCCAAGCUCUAAUUUUUCCCAACAUGUAGUGGUGAUCAGUGGUGUACUGUAAUCAGUGAUCCAACUGCAUAAAGCUAAGAGUGGGAGGUGCUUAUAAUGAACCCUCUGAAGUCUCAUCCUCCUCCCUUCCCCAAAAUGCAAAAGCAAAAAACAAAAAUCACAAAUAGACUUUUACUCAGCCACUGAAAAUGCCUCACUAUAAGAAUGGCAGCACUUGCAAAUUCUGCCCUCUACUGAUUGACUUCCUGCUGCCUCUGAACACAACUAAGCCAGGAGACUGUUAAAAACAAAACAAAAACAAAACAACAAGAGCAACAAAAAACGUCUAGGUUCCAAGCUGUGUGUGACUUGGUACACAUUUUGGAGGUGUAGGGCUCGUGUAUAACACUAUAGCAAGCAGCUUGCAACUGCAGCCAGAUUAAUUGAACAGUUUCUUAUUUUCAUAACUAUGUGAAAACAUCUGGGACUCUGAAUCACUUUUGAAUACAGUCGCAUAUGAUAGUUCUGCUUUUAACCAAGAAGGAAACUGUGCAUUGAGACUAAAGCUAUAAAUAUUUAAGUACAUCUAUAGAUCUGAAGUUUAAGAUCAUGUUUAAUAAAAGUCAUUCAGUACUUGAUUACUGAAGUGUUGUCAUUCUUAAGAUGGCAAAAGAAAUUUGUUGUUUUCUUUUAUUGCAGUAGAGGCAGGUGCUAUUCUUAUUUCUAAUAAGAUUGUACCUGGAUACCAAGUUUUUGUGAUACUUAACGUUAAGGAUUUGCUUUGUAAAAUGUAUGCACUGUUUAAGCAGUUAUAUAAAAUUCCAUAUUUCAUUUAACAUUCACUUUUUGCAUAUGAAAGAGUUAUUUAUAUUUUUCAAAUAUUAAGCAAAACAAUAUGUGCCAAUACCAUAGGUAAAUUAAUCAGGGAAAUGUGACUAUAUACACUGAUUUUUUAAAUUCAAUUUUGCCCAAUCUUAAAUCUUGAAGGAUCUAUUUUCAUAUGUCACUGAUUCAUCACAAGAAAUGCAACAUCAUAAAUUAAUAGCUCUACAAUCUUAAACAUUCCCAAAAAUGUCUUAAAUUCUCUGAAGGUAACUAAAUUAAUAUAGAUAUCAGACCUGGGUGGUGGGGCAUUAAACAGCAAAAUAAAGAUUGUGGGGUUUUAGGUCUAAGGCUGUAGUCCUUUUUAUCGCCUGCUAGUAGAGACAUGCUGGUGUGGUGGGUGCGUUCCAGUGGCUUUCUCCAUGAAAGGAGGUUCAUGUACAUACCGAUAAAUUUCUUGUCAAAAACCAAUUCAUAUUUAUUCCUUGCUUAUUUUCAUUAUCUUUUCAUUUCUGAUACUGAUUAUAAUAAACUGUUAAAAAUAGAAAGGGAAGGGAAAUUGUGCAAAGCACAUGACAUGAUAUAUGUAGUUGUGGCUGAUAGUGACAAGGCACAAAGUUAGAAAUAUGCACACACACAAAUUCCCAGACAUAAAUAUUGAAAAUUCAGUCAGAACAUACCUGAAACAGUGAUGUAAACUCACAUACAAGACUCAGAAUUGUUCCAUGAUAAAAUAAAAUUUUCUACUGGUUCACUCUUCCCAUUCCCUUAAACUUGUUAAAAUAUCUAAUAUUUGUUGCUUUAGCUGAAUCUUUCAAAGAUUGUAAAGAGAAUAUCAUCUUAGAAUAUUGAUUAUUAUGUAGUCACACUAAUGGAGGAGGAAGUGUAGCUGGCUUCUGUGUCUGCAAGUAUUAGUGCAGAAUAUAUUUCUUCUCCUAAUGAAACUGGGAUUUUGAUGUUCAAAAUACCAUGAAGCAAAGUCAGAGAACACUAUUAACCCUCUUCAAUCCUAUUCCCCCAUAAUGGAAUUGUGCAGAAGGAAGAUUUUCUUAAACCAGAGUAUAACAUAAUUCACAACCACUGGCUAGUUUAUUUUUCCAUUUGUGGUACCUGAGCUCCCCAUAUUUUUCACCAUUUCAGCUUAAAUAUGCCUUUACUAAUUUAUGAGUAGAAUAUUGGGUAUAAACUUGUCUUGUGUUAUCCCCACCCUCUUUCCUGAUCAUUUCUAGAUCCAAUCAGCACAAAUUCAAGAGGCAAUGCAUGAGGCUCUUAUGUAUUUCCUCUUACAUUGGAAAACGUGAUGUUUUCUCAUGUGGCUCAUAACUUUCACGUCUUUAUGUGGCUCAUAACUUUCACUUCUUUAGGACCAUGUUCCAACUACCUGAUCUCCACUCCCUUCCCCAGACACUAGGAAAUACGUGAAAUUGUUAGGUUUGAUACACUUGAAUGUGACUUUAGAAAUCUAGGUAUUUUUUACUCAUCCUUCUUUGGUUGCACAUGACAAUUGAGGAUACAGAAAAAGACCACAAGAUAUACGAAGGGGGACCCCGAAAAACAAAAUCAUCUUCGGGAGGGUGAGCCCCUUGCAGUACAGGCUUCUCUAGCUACAUGAGUGUUCUAGGAACCUACCUGGAUCAGUGUAUGAGAUGAAGUUGUGAUAGAGGCUGUGUGCAGCUUCAGUGAAUUUUUUUGAAGACUCAGUGCAUUUGUGCAUUUCAUAAUGGCUGAUUUGCAAGAGCACCUGCCCACACCAUGCUGAGAGUUCAGCAGUGUUUGACCACAAACAACAUGACUCCCACAUCCCACCCUCCCUAUUCACCUGAUCUCACCCAGGGUGACUUUUUGUUUUCCCAGAUGAAAAAAGUCCUGAAAGGGAAACAUUUUGCUUAUGUGGAAGAAGUGAACCAAAAAAUGACGGAAACACUAAAAGGCAUUAAAAUUGAUGAGUUCAAAAACUAUUUUGAGCAGUGGAAAAACGAUAUCUCAAUAGGUGUAUCACAUCAAAUGGAGAGUAUUUUGAAGGUGACUGAAGUUUAAACAUGUAAGAGUAAAUACACAGCUUUUAUAAAUACUGGGGGGGGGGUUUGGUCCCUCCUUGUAUGAUGUAACUUGAUGUUAUAAAAGCUAGAGUUACCUUUAAUCAGUUAGUUGAAACUUAUUUUCCAUCCAAAAAAUACAUUUCCUUAAAAAAAAAAACCUCUCAUUUGUAUAAUAUUUCAGACUUUUAAUAAACCAAAUUAAAAAGUAUGACUGUUAGGCUCAAUUUAAUAGGGAGAAAGAAUGCAAAGUGGGAAAGGAACUAGUAUUUAUGUAUUAUGCAUUUUGCCUGUCUAAUACCUUUUGAUAUUCAAGCCAAAUCACAGAUAGAGACUGAUACUGGCCUGAUAUAAUAGAUGAGUGAAACAAAACCCAAAACAGACAUGCAAAGGAAUUCAGCAAAUUACCAAUGUUAAAAGGUAACAUGUGGCAGAAUCCAAACUAAAACUCAGGUUUAUCCGAAAGCAGGAGGAGUCUGUAGGGUGUUCACUGCCAUGCUGCCUCCUAAUAGAAGCUGUAGAGGCAAAGCUAUGAUACAGUACAGGUACAAACAAUUUAAACCUGAUGUGGUAAACCAAUUAGGUUUAACUUCAGCUUGUAUUAUGAUUUAUACAGUGUUUAUUAGAGGCUGCAUUUGGUAUAACCUGAAUACAUAAUUUCAAGUUGGCUGCCUUUCUAGUCAAUGCACAUUAUCCCAGAUUAUGUUAAUGAUUAUAUAAUAUCCAUAAUUGUUUUAAUGUGACUUUUUCAUAAAAGUAAUGACAUAUUUUUAUGACUCAAGCAUAAUACAUUUUCCCCGAGGUUGGAUUUAGAAGAGAAAUGUUAUUUUCUUUAUGGAUAAGUAAUUCCCAUAUCGGUUGCUACUUAUAAUGACUCAAGAAUUAAGAGUACUUAACUGUGGAACAUUGUUUUCAGAAUCAUGAUACCCAUUUACAGGAUUAUCCUGAGUUGCCAAAAAUAACUUUAAAAAGUUUGUGAUAUACAAAUGGUUGGGUUCAUCUAUGCAAUACGUAUUCAUCCCCAUCAUUUUAUGCAACGGCCCCUACAUCCUUACUCAUUUUUCAAGUUUUCAUAAACAUCUGCAUGGUCAUUCUUUCUAUCCAUUUGUUUGAACAAGUGCCGUUGCUUUUUCCUCUAAUUCUAGACUUUUGGUGUCCUUAGAAUAUUGUUCUCCUUAACUUUAUUUCAGAUGGUGCACUUGUAAUGCCUUAAAUCCUUCACAAUGUCACCAUGCUGCAUCUGGUCUCAUUUGCGAUUCAUGGCAAUGGCCAUAUUUCUGGGGCCAACAGUGUAUACUUUUGGCAAUUACCAUUCAUCUUCACAAAUAAAGGAACUUGUAUGAAUGUAGAUGCAAGGUUUCCUGGAUAAGGAAGGUGCAUAUAUUCUAGUUUUUUGUUAAAAUGCCUUCCUUAUGUAUGAUACGUAUAUACUUGAACGUGAUUUUUAAAAAUCUAUAAAUAUCGAUCUUUCUGUCCUAGGCCUUUGCUAUCCUGUAUGUUUCUAAUUUUCUUAAAGUGCCUGACAACUUGGAGAAACCAAACUUACCAUCCAGCAUAACACCAUAAUAUCCAUCUUGUGUUGAUAUAGCAUACUAAGUAGAUUUCUUACCCCAACACUUCACAGUACCGAAGAGCAUCCAAAUUAUUGAGAUAAAAGUUGAAAUCAGUCUUUAUUCAUGUCAGUUUUAUAAAGUUUUGAUUUCUGCAUAUCCUGGUAUAAGAUCUCAUGUUUGAGAAAGCCGAGAGGUCUAAUUAUCUGUAAUUAUAACACUUAUAUAAUCGAAAUCAUAAGCUAUCUCUGUUGAUAAUUAAAAAUUGAAUAAUU